AUGGCAUGCCAACUCUUUUCAUUUCAGGUGUUGGAGCUGAUGAAGGAGGUGGCAGAGGACGACGAGGACUCAAGUGACAUCUCCGGCUACCACUCCGACUCCGAUUCGGCCAUCAUGAUGUCCGGCAACUCCCCAUACGUUAGCAAGCGCGCGCGCUAUAACUUUCUCACGCGGUCAGUGCGGUCGAGCAGCAAGUCUUCAGCGCGCACGUCAGUGCUGCUGAGCCAGCAGUUGAGCUCGUCGUCCGGUGCCAGCUCGGAUCAGCACUCGGACCCCGGCGCGGGCCCGCCCAGCCCCCCCGGCUCCCUGGGCCCCGCGCCUGCCGCCCCCGACGACGCCCUCAAGCCCCGCCAGCUCAAGCUCAAGAAGGAGCUGCACAAGCUGAACUCCGCGGGUGAGCGCCUCAACUCACGCUCUGCCGCCUCGCAGCUGAACAGAUGCCGGAGAACAAAUGUUACAACCUUCUUAGGCAUGCAGAGGGUCAAAGACAAUCUCUUU